CAGGAAACCAAAAAGCUUUUCAUAUCCAAACUUCCUCCAAAACGCGAUCUUUGAUUAAAAAAAUUGUUCUAUAAAACGCAAUUGAGCUUUCACUGACUACCAUUGUCACAAUAAUGUGUCUGAGUACAAGUGAACAAAGUUUCAGCAUCAAUCUGAAAAUUAUGAAGCUGUGCCGCCUAUUUCCGCCAACAGAAGGCAAAAAGUUUUACAAAAUUCAAGCAUACUUACUGCAGUUUUUGCUUCUGCUACCGAUUCCGAUCUUGGGAAAUCUUCAUUUGUUGCUUGAUGAGAAUUUGGAUAUGGAAAAAGUUAAUUACAACGCCGUAUUUUUAGCCCAAGUCACUUGUUUUGUAAUUAAAUUAAUGGCUAUUAUCGCCAACAGUGAAAAAAUUAAGAAAUGUAUCACAGAACUUGACUCUCCAAAAUUUGCUGCAGUUAGAGAGAACCACAAAAUCAUACUCCAACAUUGCAUUAAAGUUUGCAAGAGGAAUACUUUAAUUUUUGUGGUUUUUGUGAUUUGUGGUGCUAGUAGUUGGGCCACUAAACCAUUGUUUUGGUCUAGAAGAAAUUUACCUUUAGAUGUUUGGUUUCCUCUCGAUACAACAAGUACACCGGUUUAUUGCAGCCUUUACAUUUACUUGUUAAUAGGCGUUUAUUUCACUUCAUUCGCUAAUAUGGUGAUAGAUCCAUUAAUUGCAGGCCUCGCCUAUCACGCAACAAGUCAAAUUAAAAUUUUGAAAGAUAAUUUGCAACACCUUAAUAAUGUCUACGCAAAUGAAGAAAUUACAUCCUCUAAAAACAAAAUCAUCUACAUGAAGAUUAAAAGAUGUGUUCAACACUAUGAUGAUAUUUUGAGUUUUGUCAAAGAAUUUGAAGAGUGUUUUUCGCUAGCAAUUUUCAGUCAAAUUUCGGCAAGCGUUUUCGUAAUCUGUUUUUCCUGUCUUCAGUUAAGUAAAAUCAAAACAUUCGGCUAUUACUUCAUCCAGCUUGUGUUUUAUUUCGGAGUUAUUCUAGCACAAAUUUAUUUUUAUUGCUUUUAUGGUUCGACGCUGUUUGAGGAAAGCAGUUCCAUAAUAAAUGCUGUUUACAGUUCAAAAUGGUACGAUUUCGAUGUACCUUGUAGAAAAGCUUUGUUGAUACUGAUGGAAAGGGCCCAAACCCCUAUUACAGUAGCAGCAGGAAAAAUAAUGGAUUUAUCUCUGGUCACUUUUGCCACAAUUUUGAGAAGAUCUUACUCACUAGUAGCUGUUUUAAAUAAUUAUCAAUAGAAGAAUAAUUUGUGUAAUUUUUAAUAAAUUAAAGAUUUUAAUAAAUUGAACAAAG